AACGAACAAUGCCAACAAUACAACGAACAAUGCCAACGAACACAACGCCGAGGGAGACGACAAAGAAGUCAACAGUUACAAUUUCCACCCAGACCUCUACUUUGACCCAUAACCAAGAGUGCAAAGUACCACAAAGUGGUGAAACGGAGUAUGAGUCAGCUACAGGCAAAAAUAAAAUACUUAUAAUAGCAGGUUAUCAUGGUAGAGACAUGGCCAGGCUCUUGGUGGCACAAAAUAGGCAAAACUACUCAAUACAAUCAAUUCUGAAACCAAAGUGUACUCCCGACAAACUAAUAGAGAAGGCUAUAGACAACACUAAAAAUGAUUUUGUUAUCAUAUGGCCGGAAAAAUUAUCCAAGAGUAUUACAAAGAAAUUUAUAUUGAACUUAAAGCACACACACUCUAUAAUUAUGACGGAACCUUACAGAUAUGAUAUUAGGGGAAUCAAUGACGAAAUAUACCAGGGCAACUUACAGCUGAAGAAAGAACUGCAUCAGAUGAACAUACGUAGUUCUAACCACUUAAGAAGAUCAAAUUAUCUUAGAGAUGGGUACUCUCUGUCUACUAAAGGGAAGUUGUUUCUAUGUAGAACCAUUUGGAAUUUCCUAACAGAAAAAGCUGUUCCACAGCAAGAAGUAGAAGGUGCCAGCAGGUAUUCGUAUCACACCCAGGGAAGAAGAAAGCAAUCAUUUUUUAUACCCACGGCUAUCGCAAGUAACCCCUUAGAAACGACUAAUAAAUUUAUUAUUCCAAAUUUCAGCCUCAUAUCGUUUUAUUGCAGGGAAAAUAUUGGGCAUGGAGGAAUAUGUAUAUUUGCUAGAAAUGACUUGAAUCUGAAAUUGAAGGGUAUAGACUUGUCUGAAUUCUGUUUAGAACAAACUGCUGAGUUUGCUGGAAUUGAAAUAUUAUCUCAAAAAACGAUUAUAAUCUGCACAUAUAGGUCAUCCAGAGGGCAGGGAAUAAAUGCGUACCUAAAAGCAGUUGACAAUGUAUUAGCACAUGUGGCGGGAGAUAAACAGUUAUUGGACACUAUACUCGAGAAGAUGAGGCAGAAAAACCCCUUAUUCAAUAUGCUUACUCCCAAAAAAUAUUAUGGAGGGAGUUAUUGGGAUGGAGUAAAAGUAACAAAACCUGAUGAAUAUGAUGUACAUAUUCAAUUAAGAUUGGACAAAGUUUAUAAAAAACCAUUAGAACCUAGUAACGAGCCUGGUUGGGUGAACCUGAAAAUGGAACGAUCUGAAAAUCCAGGCAAGAGUAAAAAACAUCCUCGACCCUAUUAUGGCAUGCCGUGAGUAGUUUUUUCUUUUUAAGAAAAUCAU